UAUAGAAGAGUAUAGAAAUAUGACACUGCGAAGUUUAUGACUUUCUUUAUGCAAAAUUCUUCAGCAACAGAUUAUUUUAAUUAAUCAUGUGAACUGUACAGCUGUUCUCUCCACUGGUCUGAUUGGCUGAGAGCAGAUCCAGGUCCCGCCUCUGAUGCUUUAUGAAAGCUGGCUUCGCUCUGUUCAUCACUCUGCUGAUCAGACUGACAUCAUGCUGCUCACCGUCUGCGCUCUGCUCCCUGCUCUGGCAGGUAAAGAUUCCUGCUCCUGCUUUCCUCUUCACACUCACGUCUUUUCAUUCAUUAGAAUUCUCUUUAUGAAAUGAUGAUGACUCUCAGUGUUGCUUUAUGUUGCAGUGGUCAGCUCACAGAAAGUAGUGACGCAAAAGCCUCCAGUUAUAACAGUAGAUAAGAGGAACUCUGUCACUAUGGACUGUAACAUCGCAAAGGAUGAAUAUUAUGUCUCCUGGUAUAAACAGAUUCCACCAGCAGCUCCAGAGUUUGUGUUGAGAUUUUAUCAUUCUAACUCCGCUCCUGAUAAAUACGGAGACAAUUUUUCAUCCACACGCUUCACAUCUAAAGCCUCAUUAAAGAUCGACUAUCAGUUAAUAAUCAGUAAUGUGGAGGUGGGAGACUCAGCAGUGUAUUACUGUGGGACAUGGGACGGCUCUGCUAAUGCAGCUGUACUCGGCCAAGGAACAAAGCUGAUCGUCAGCGACGCUGCUCUCCCGGCUCCUGUUCUGACCGUUCUCCCUCCGUCCAGUAAACAGCUGGAGUCUAAAAAAGCCACUCUAGUGUGUUUGGCCAGCGAGGUGGCCGGUGGUUUUGCUGAUGUGCGUUGGCUCGUGAACGGGAACUCGGUCACCAGUGGAGUCAUCACCGGCUCUGCACUGCAGCAAACCAAUAAGAAAUUCACACUGAGCAGCUCUUUGACCGUCGACAGCUCCGAGUGGGAAAACAACAAAGACAUAACAUGUGAAGUGUCUGCUGGAGGAAAAGCUGCAUCGGUGAAGAUUAACAAGUCUGAAUGCAGUGAAUGAACCUGAUUACUGAUUGUAUAUGAAUUAUUCAGCGGAAUUUUAUAAGUGUUUUAGAUUAAUUUAGAGAGAAAGGAAGAAUAUCACCUCCUGUAUGUAAUCAAAAAGAAUUUUAAUAAAACUGCAAUACUAUCAAAUAA